UCCGUCUUCUCCCUCCUCCCGCUUGAUAUCAGUCGCCACCACAGCGGCCGCUGCCGGGCGCGGAGUCGGCUGGUGUGUCUCUCAGCGUCGGUGUCCGUGCUGUUGAACUGCCCGCCAUGGCUGAGUUAGAUCCGUUCGGCGCCCACGCUAGCGGUCCCGCGCUGGGGAACGGAGUGGCCGGCGAAGAGGACCCUGCCGCGGCCUUUUUGGCGCAGCAGGAGAGCGAGAUUGCGGGCAUCGAGAACGACGAGGCCUUCGCUAUCCUGGACGGCGGCGCCCCCGGGCCCCAGCCGCACGGCGAGCCGCCGGGGGGUCCGGAUGCUGUUGAUGGAAUCAUGAAUGGCGAAUACUACCAGGAGAGUAAUGGGCCAACAGACAGUUAUGCAGCUAUUUCACAAGUGGAUCGAUUGCAGUCAGAGCCUGAAAGUAUCCGUAAAUGGAGAGAAGAGCAAACGGAACGCUUGGAAGCCCUUGAUGCCAAUUCUCGGAAGCAGGAAGCAGAGUGGAAAGAAAAAGCAAUAAAGGAGCUGGAUGAGUGGUAUGCGAGGCAGGACGAGCAGCUACAGAAGACGAAAGCGAACAACAGCACAAACAUAAACCAUCCUUGCUACAGCCUAGAACAGGCAGCAGAAGAAGCCUUUGUAAAUGACAUUGAAGAGUCGUCCCCAGGCACUGAGUGGGAGCGGGUGGCCCGGCUGUGUGACUUUAACCCCAAGUCCAGCAAGCAGGCCAAAGAUGUCUCCCGCAUGCGUUCUGUCCUCAUCUCCCUCAAGCAGGCCCCCCUGGUGCACUGAAGAGCCACCCUGUGGAAACACUACAUCUGCAAUAUCUUAAUCCUACUCAGUGAAGCUCUUCACGGUAAUUGGAUUAAUUAUGUUGAGUUCUUUUGGACCAAACCUUUUGUCUUUAGAGUUGAUCAUUGUUUGUGAUUGCAUGUUUCCUUCAACUGUGUUGUCCCUGGCAUUCAAAGAGGAGGGGAGGCGGCGGAGGAAGGGAGGGAAGGCUCCCAAUGGCAGCCUCAACCUAUGCUUUUGUGCAUUAUUCUGAGAAUAAAUUUCUGUUUCAGACAAUAAACAAA